UAGAUUUCUCCAUGAUGUCCUGUACUAUGUUAACCAAUAUAUAAAAUGGUAGAAGAUAGUAAUGAAAAUACUAAGCAAAAGAAGAAAUCAAAUCAUGAAGGAGGUACUGGCGCAUUUGGGCUGCUAGGCCUGGACAGAACGCUUUGCUACGCCCUAGAGCAUAAGCUCAGAUACAAACAACCGUCAACUAUACAACGUAGGACUAUACCUGCGGUGUUACAGGGGCGUGAUGUAGUCUGUAUAGCGAGAACGGGUUCGGGUAAAACUGCAGCCUACCUAGCACCGGUGGUACAACUACUGGAAGGACACUCAAGAACUGUUGGAGUAAGGUGUCUUAUAUUACUGCCAACACGGGAGCUUGCUUUACAAGUGUCAUCAGUGCUCAAGAAGUUUAUCGCAUUCACUAAACGAGAUGACGCAUUGCGUAGUGCAACGCUCAUUGGAGGUGAGUCUGUAGAAGGUCAAUUUGGAGCGCUCACGUUUAACCCCGAUUUAGUUGUGGCAACUCCAGGAAGGUUGUCACAGCAUAUAGCUGAAAAAAGCAUUGACCUUACCCUAGUUACACAUUUUGUUAUCGAUGAAGCUGAUAAGCUUUUUGAAAUGGGAUUCAUGCCAGACGUAUAUCGCAUAUUAUCGAGGCUGCCUGAAAAAAGGCAGACCAUGCUGGUUAGUGCCACUUUACCAUCGGAGCUCACGGAAUUUGUCAAUUUUGGCCUCAGGAACCCAGUUAUCGCACAAGUAGACAAGGAUAUGCAAAUAAAUGAACAGUUGGAGCUAAGGUUCAUUUACUCCAGGACUGAGGAUAAGGUAGCAACGCUAUGCCGGUUGCUACGCAACUCUAAUGAUACGGAAAGGACUAUUGUAUUCGUGUCUACUAAACAUCACGUGGAGUUCUUUCGGGCCUUGCUUGCAGCUACCGGUAUCACGGUAUCUGCUGUCUACGGUUCCAUGGAUAUGACUGCAAGAUCACACCAAAUGGGCUUGUUCAAAUCGUUAAAAACAAGGGUACUAGUGGUAACCGAUCUCGCGGCUCGUGGUCUAGAUUUACCGCUUGUUGACUGCGUUAUAAAUUAUGAUUUCCCGCAUUCGUCUAAGCUGUUCAUACACAGGGUUGGUAGAACGGCAAGGGCAGGAAGACAGGGACUUGCGAUAUCGAUAGUGACGAUGUACGACUUUGCCUACGCAUUCGAAAUUCUUACAGCCAUAGGGAGGAAGAUGGUGAUAUCCAAGGAACAGAUCGUGGGCAAUGAGAUUUGCGCCAUAGGAACUGUUGGUGAUAUAACGUUAUUAGUCGAGAACAUUAAAUCGAUUAUACAGGAUGACUCAGAUAUAAAGAGUCUUAAAAUGUCAAUGGAUGCGUCUUAUAACCUAUAUUACAAAACAAGGCCCAACCCAUCGAAGAAUGCAAUUGAUCGUGCUCAGCAGCUACUCAAGUCCAUGGGAGGUAUCAUUGCUAUUAGCAAUGCAGUACACCCAUCGUAUGGCUCAGAAGCUACAAUUGCUGAACCAGAUCACAGUGAUGGCACCGAAGAAAAUUCUAAAAGUGCCAUUUUAGAGUUCUUACAUGGAUUCCGACCGUCAUCAGCCAAAACUACUAUUGUCACCUCGGUACCAGCAAGCUCCAUCGCUACCAUGGAGAAGGCAAAGAUGGUAUCACAGCAAUUUAGGAAGCUGGACUCUACCAUAAGCGUCCCUGGAACAACGCAGCCAGGGGAAGAUCCCUCACUGAAUGACUUUUUGGUACCAUCAGCACCAACCAAUGUGGAAUCACACAACGAGUUAAAACUACCGCAGAUCACAUUGAAUAUAACACCUGAUUCUGAAGAGCUUAUGCAAAAGUCACGUUUCCAGAGGAAACAGCACUGGGACCCAAAGAAAAAGAAGUUUGUACAGGUAACGGUAGACCAAAUGACAAACAGAGUCAUCAAAAAUGAAAGUGGCCAGAAAGCCAAAGGAGGCGUUGAAAACCAAGGGCUCCUAAAGAAAUGGAUGAAAACUAGCCGUAAACGUAUACAGAAACUGGGUGAGCAGGAAGAGUAUCAAGCGGCACCCAAAAAGAAGAAACAAAUGGAUGAAGAUGCAUACUCCAGUGGCGACGAUCACAAAGCCAGUUACGACGAGCUCAUGCAUAUGUUCCCCAAACACGCAGCUACACUGGAAGCGGCAAAACUUAGCUUGCCACUAACUAAUAAGCAAAAGAGGACUGUUAAAAGGUUGACCACUAAACCCGAUUACGAAAAGAUGCGUCCGGAACCUGCUAAGAAAGCUACCAAGAAGAAGGAUAAACGGAAGAAACGACUGUCACAAGCGGAGUUCAAUAAGAAGGUAGAACGCAAGAUAGCAUCCAGAGGAGCACCCACACGUAGCAAGAUCAUUGUCCGUAAAAAGACAAGAUGAGACCCAGC